UAUGAAUUUAAUUAGUGAAAAGCUUUUUGAACAUGACAGAAAUUUAAGUGAAUAUUUUGCAAAAAUUGGAUCAAAUGAAAUUGGGAGAAAGUUAAAAUUAGAUAAAAUUUGUCAAAUUUUGGAAUGGAUUAUGCAUGGAAUUCCGUGGAUUUUAGGUGUUUUUAUUCUAAUCAUUUUGGCUCAUUAUGUUAAUUGGUCUAAUACAGAAAUUGAUUUUUUAAAUUUAUUGGCUAUUGCUUUAUUUUUUGAUUUGGCUUUGGUGGGGAUAUUGAAAAUAAUAUUUAGACGAGACAGGCCUAAAUAUAAUAAAGGAAAGAUAAUUCUUGGUGCUCCAAUUAUUGAUGAUUUUUCUUUUCCUUCUGGACAUACUUCCCGAACUAUAAUGCUUGUCAUUAUUUUUAUUUGUGUUAAACCAAACGAAGUAUUUAAAUAUAAUAAUUAUUUAAAUUAUUUAUUUAUUCUUUUUUCUUCAAUUUUGUUAUUUUCGCGUGUAUUGAGUGGAAGACAUUUCUUUUCUGAUGUUAUUGCUGGUUCUUUACUUGGUAUUUUAGAGGCUAUUAUUAUUUAUUUAUUUCAAAAAGAAUUACAAAAUAAUAUUAAAUUAGAUAAAUUAAUUAAUUAUUUUUAUUCAUUUUUAAUAUAA